UUCGUUUCUAAAUUUGUCUUCGUUUCUCUUCACUUCUUCCACCACACCUUACGCGGCUAAAAGGGAAAUAAAAACCAAUACCCAGUUCCAAAAUGAACGAUCUUAUGACCAAGUCAUUCACUAGCUACGUUGAUUUGAAGAAAGCAGCUAUGAAAGAUGUGGAUUUGGAAGCUGGUCUUCCUCCAUCCGAUGUGGAACUAACAUCUUCCACAACCCACAUGAACACUGACAUGGGUCUCUUCUUAGAAGAAGCAGAGAAGGUGAAAACAGAAAUGGGGUGUCUCCGUGACAUACUAGGAAGGCUUCAACAAGCAAACGAAGAGAGCAAGACACUUCACAAGCCCGAAGCACUGAAAUCCUUGAGGAACAGAAUCAAUGCUGACAUUGUAACAGUGUUGAAGAAAGCAAGGGUUAUGAGGACCCAAUUGGAAGAAAUGGAUCGUGCUAAUGAUGCUAAUAGGAGACUCUCAGGGCUCAAGGAUGGAACCCCAGCAAUUUAUAGAACCAGAAUUUCUGUUACCAAUGGGUUGAGGAAGAAGCUGAAGGAGCUUAUGAUGGAGUUUCAGGGUUUAAGGCAAAAGAUGAUGACUGAGUAUAAAGACACUGUGGGGAGAAGGUACUUUACUGUGACUGGGGAAUACCCUGAUGAAGAGGUUAUUGAGAAGAUUAUAUCUAAUGGGGAUGAAGAGUUUUUGGGGAAAGCUAUACAAGAACAUGGAAGAGGGAAGGUUCUAGAAACUGUGGUGGAGAUUCAGGAUAGGUAUGAUGCUGCUAAAGAGGUUGAGAAGAGUUUGUUGGAGCUUCACCAGGUUUUUUUGGACAUGGCUGUUAUGGUUGAGGCUCAGGGUGAGAAAAUGGAUGAUAUUGAACAUCAUGUUCUUCAUGCUUCUCAUUAUGUUAAGGAUGGUACAAAGAAUCUUCAGACUGCAAAGAAGUACCAGAAGAGCAACAGGAAGUGGAUGUGUAUUGGGAUUAUACUUUUGCUUAUUCUGAUUCUUGUUAUUGUCAUCCCCAUUGCCACCAGUCUCAGCAGUUCUUGA